AUGUCAGAAGAAACUGAAGAAACUAAUUUGGAAGAAAUUAUAGAUCUUAUUGAGCUUUUACUAAUUAAUGAUCCUUUAGAUGCACAAGAAUAUAUAGAAAUUGAUAAUUAUAUAAAUAUUGAGGAGGAUUUAACUACAAAUAAUAUUGUUGAUUUAGUAAAUAGACAAGAUAAGUAUGAAUUAGAAGAAGAACAGAAUGAAGUAGUAGUUAAAAUUAGUGAUGUGAUUGUGGAACUUGAUAACUU